AUGAAUAAAAAAUACGAAAUACCCACAAAUAAAAAUAUAUUUUGUUAUUCUAGCAAAACAGAAAUAUUAGAACCACCAACAACUCUACCUGAUGAAUUAAGACUAUGGACAAGUUUAAGUUUAGAAGAUUAUUCUAAUAUUGUUCACAGAUUAAACAUUCAUUUCAAAAAUAAACAAAAAAGUAGUUUUGUUUGGUUUUUAUUAUUGAUAUGCAUUGUAGUUUCGGUAGUAUUAUAUGUUAAACAACCUUUGGAAACAAAAUAUAUUACAAUUAUUUUAGUUGGGUCUCUUUUAAUAGUGGUAAUCUUCCAUUUUUAUGUUAUAACAUUGUUAAAUAAGAAUUUAAAUAGAAUUUUGAUUGUUUUAAAUGAACAAUACUCAUGCAAAGGGUUAAAAAUAGAAAGUGAAAACUUCACUGUAGGUUUUGGUAGAAAUAGAAGAAACAUUACAAGAAUUAAUAUUGCAUAUAAUGAAGAUUGGAAUAGACAACCAAACCCACAAUUAUUUGAAAAUCCAAUAAUUCAACCAAACCAUCAAGAAAUUGAAUUGUCAACAAUCCAACAAAUACCAAGCCAACCAUAUUAUACACCUCCAAUUCCACCACCAAACAACGUAUAUAAUAGUAUAUCCCUUGAAAAAGAUGACCAACAAAGUAUUAGUAAUAACUAUUCUCAACCACAAAGUAUUAAUAAUAACUAUUCCCAACCACAAAGUAUUAAUAAUAACUAUUCUCAACCACAAAGUUAUAGUAAUGUUGAUAAUAUUCCAAUAGAUUUAGAAUCACCACAUAAAAUAAAUAAAUAA